AUGCGCGGCCAAGUAAUUGUUCUCCCUCCGUUCAUUCCGCAACGGCACGCGCUGAUCCCGAGCCCAGAGCACCCGGAUGAUCCCCGAUCCCCCGCUGGCGCACCCGUGCCCGCAGCCCGGCUGCGCGUGGAGCUUCGCGCGCAGGCACGACAUGCGGCGGCACACGGCGACGCACCUGUCCGACGCGGAGCGCGCGAAGUUCGAGUACAUCUGCCCGUACGCCGACGACGGGUGCGUGUACACGGCGAUCCAAAAGGGGAACAUGAGCACGCAUAUAACGUCGCAGCAGUAAGUGGUUCCUCGUUUCUGCACCGGUUGAUCGUCCCGGAGGCUGAAGGUGUUAUUAUCUACAGCACGACAAGGCGGCCGCACGCCUGCCCGAUCUGCCCCUACACGACCGGCGAUCCGUCCAGCGCCGUGCGCCACAGGAAGAUCCACAUCCGCAAAGGAGAGCUAGCGGCGGACGAACACUCCAGGACAACAGCGCCCGCACCGCAGAGACACUCGAAUAAAACGAACGCGAUAUCCCACCAUCGCUCGAGUAACCCGGCGUCUGCCGCGGGAUCAUACUCCUCGCCUACUGCGGUAUACGGCGGUUGCCCUGUCUUCAGCUCGAGCACCGAAAACUUUUUUCUUGAUGCGUCGCAGUCUGUGCAUAUGCGCGCACGUCCUUCGUGGUGCUCGGACGACGAAGCCGACGACAUGGAUUGGGAUUCCAACCAGCCCUCGGGCCGCGUACAUCAGUGA